GCCAUCGCGCUGCGAGGCCCAAGUCCUGGAGCUGUGGGGUGGCUGCUACCCAGCGAGCGCCAAACGGGACACAGGGACCACUCCGUUCUUGAAGACCUCCGCCCCCCAUCAGCUGGUGCUGGUGCUGCUGCUGGUGGUGGGUAGUGCCCACGGCGUCUGGUAGAGGGAGAGGCGCCCACCCUGGCCAGGAGCUCAGACGGCUGGGAUUUAGACUUGAGACUCAGGCCUUCUCAAAGGCCUUUGCAGAGUGCAGGUGUGAGCACAGUAUCAGAUGAGGAGGCAUCUGGAGGGGCUCGCUGGGUGGACCAUGUGGACCCUGGUGAUCUGGGUGGCCUUAGUGGCAGGGCUGGUGGCUGGAAAGCAGUGCCCAGAUGGACAGCUCUGCCCUGUGGCCUGUUGCCUGGACCCUGGAGGAGCCAGCUACAGCUGCUGCAAUCCCGUUCUAGACAAAUGGCCCACAGUGCUGAGCAGGCGUCUGGGCAGGCCCUGCCAGAUCGAUGCCCACUGCUCUCCUGGCUACUCUUGCCUCCUGACUGUCUCAGGGACUUCCAGCUGCUGCCCGUUCCCAGAGGCUGUGUCUUGCGGGGAUGGCCGCCACUGCUGUCCACAGGGUUUCCACUGCAGUGCUGAUGGGCAGUCCUGCUUCCGGAGCUCAGAUACCAGCCCCUUGGGUGCCGUCCAGUGUCCCGAUAGCGAGUUUGAGUGCCCCAGCUCCUCCACGUGCUGCACUAUGCUUGAUGGCUCCUGGGGAUGCUGCCCCAUGCCCCAGGCUUUUUGCUGCGAAGACAAGGUGCACUGCUGCCCCCAUGGUACCACCUGCGACCUGGCUCAUGCCCGCUGCCUGACAGCCACGGGCACCCACCCUCUGGCAAAGAAGAUCCCGGCACAAAGGACUAAUAGGGCAGGGCUCAUGUGCCCGGAUACACGGUCCCAGUGUCCUGAUGGUUCUACCUGCUGCCAGCUGCCUAAUGGGAAGUAUGGCUGCUGCCCGAUGCCCAAUGCCAUCUGCUGCUCAGACCACCUGCACUGCUGCCCCCAGGACACUGUGUGUGACCUGGUCCUGAGUAAGUGCCUCUCUAAGGAGAACGCAACGGACCUCCUCACCAAGCUACCGGCACACACAGUACAGGAGGUGAAGUGUGACAUGGAGGUGAGCUGCCCAGACGACUACACCUGCUGCCGCCUACAGUCAGGCGACUGGGGCUGCUGCCCUUUUGUCCAGGCUGUGUGCUGUGAGGACCACGUACACUGCUGCCCUGCUGGGUUUAAGUGUGACACAGAGAAGGGUACCUGUGAACAGGAGGGCCGCCCCCUGCCCUGGAUGGAGCAGGCCCCAGCCCACCUCAGCCUGCCAGACCCCCAAGCCAUGGAGAGUGAUGUCCCAUGUGAUGACAUCUUCAGCUGUCCUUCCUCCAAUACCUGCUGUAGACUCACGUCUGGGGAGUGGGGCUGCUGUCCUGUCCCAGAGGCUGUCUGCUGCUCGGACCACCAGCACUGCUGCCCCCAGGGCUACACUUGCUUGGCUGAGGGGCAGUGUCAGAGGGGGAACAAGAUCGUAGCUGGACUGGAGAAGAUGCCUGCCCACCAGGCUUCCCUGUCCCACCCCAGAAACAUGGGCUGUGACCAGCACACCAGCUGCCCAGUGGGGCAGACCUGCUGCCCAAGUCUAAGUGGGGGCUGGGCCUGCUGCCAGUUGCCCCACGCUGUGUGCUGUGAGGACCGCCAGCACUGCUGUCCGGCUGGGUAUACCUGCAAUGUGAAGGCCCGAACCUGUGAGAAGGAGGUGGAUUCUGCCCACCACGCUGCCCACUUGACCCGAGGCCCUCACAUGCAUGUGGGGAACGUGGACUGUGGGGAGGGGCACUUCUGCCAUGAUAACCAGACCUGCUGCCGAGAUAGCCAUGAGGGCUGGGCCUGCUGUCCCUAUCGCCAGGGCAUCUGUUGUGCAGAUCAGCGUCACUGCUGUCCCGCUGGCUUCCGCUGUGGGGCCAAGGGCACCAAGUGUUUACGCAGGGAGACCCUGAGCUGGGACACUUCUUUGAAGGAUCCAGCCCCGAGACAGCUGCUGUGAGGAGGGAUUGAAGACUGAAGACUCCGUAGCCCCCCGGACCCUGCUCAGAGGUGCCCACUGCUCAGGCCUCCCCAGCACCUCUCUCACACCAAAUUAUCCUGGACCCCUCAUUCUGAAUCCCUCCUAUCAUCAUGAGAGGUGGGGCCUUAAUCUAAGGCCUAACCUAUCAGAAGGGGGGCUGUGGCAGAAGCCACGUUACAAGCUGCCAUCCCCUCCUCCAAUUUCUGUGGACCCUGUGGCCAGGUGCUGUUCCCUAUCCACAGGUGUGUGUGUGUAUAUGUAUGUGCUCCAGUAAAGUUUGUACACUUUC